GCCGCAUGUCAUCUACUCAUGAGCCACGCCGGCCGCCGUAGCCCUGUCACGUGGUGCUGGCUGAGCGAAAGAUGUCCGGUAACCUAGCAACAGCGGACGCUGCUGGCUGCGCAGUACUGGAGGCUCCGGUCAGCGCAUAGGAGCUGAAACCUGGUUGCAGGAGAUGGAUAUAGUGAAAGGAAGUCUGGAUGACAUUUCCAGGCCCGCCUCAGUGUCUCGUUCCCGUCCCGGAAGUCGCAUCUCAGGUUCCUUCCAAGCGGAUAAACCAAAAAUAAAUUCCACCGUGAGAUCUUUGGAAGUGUUGACUCCAGAGUCUGCGGUUUCACAGGUACAAGUGGAUGUUUUAUAUACUACUUGGGAUCUAAAUAUGGAUUCAGAUGAUGAGCAGUUGAGUUCUCCUGAAGGCGAGAAGACCCCACAGAGUGUUACAGAGAUAAGAUUAGAAAGGGAUAAAUCAAUGAUUACAGGAAAUAUGGAGCUUACCCACUCGCCAGAGGAACCAGAAACGGAUGAGGAAUUUCAGAAUGAGUUGUAUGAUAUUCCAGUGACUGAGAAUAAUGAGAGUGAUGAGAAAGUCAGAAAAGACUGUACAGAAGAUUGCACUGCUGAGCGGACCCAGAGUACAGAAGGUGCGAUUGACCCUAAACUGGAAAAAGCCAUCAAGAGGAUGAAGGUUCUGGAUGAAAUUUUACAUAAGAAGAUUGAAAGGGAGAAGGAGGUCAAGGCUCAGAGCUUAGAGAUCCGAAAACAACUGUGGGAAGGCUUCCAGCAUGUUGCGCAGUCUUCAGCACGCAGCCAUGAGGAAGAUGUAAAUACGAUUACAUUUCUGGCACUGACCCCACAGCUGGAUGAUGGUAAAGAGAAUCCAGAUUCAAAACCAAAACCUGAACGGGUGGUUUUGGCACAACCAAUCCAGAUCCAAAACAUGAACGGAGAUCCAGAUCCGAAACCAAAACACAAAAGCCGAAAACUGUCAGAUUCCGCUGUCUUUGAGAAAACAUUUCAUCCAUUGUUUCCAACUCAACUUCCUCCUGAAGACUGUGCUGCUGACCCAGAUGCCUUACAAGGUAAUGUUUCUGGCAGUGAAAUAAGUGACUUAUUAAAUAGCAGCCAAAUAUCACAUCAGAGGACAAAGCAAAGGAAUAACAAAGGCAGUAAGAAAGCAGUAAACUUCAUUCAAAGGAACAUUGAGCUAGCCAAAGACGCUGGCUCCCAAGUGCUUCUCAUGGAUGACGAAAAAUUACGACUGGAGCAGCUGCUGGGGGAUAUUCAGGAUGGCUGGAGUGAUGAUGACGUUACGGCCGAUUAUUCUCUUUGCCUGGUGCCUGGUGAAGGCUAUACACCAGAACCUGGGGAACUCGAGGAGUUGGCAAAGAUAGAAGCAGAACUGCAGAUGUUCUCCAGUAGUAAAGAGACCAUAGCAACCAGUAAUUGUGACCCUGCUGUAUCAUCCAGAGAUUCAAUACAGGAUGAUUUCAUGGACAAGUUUGGGAAUCCUGAGACUGCACCUGGGGAGAAAGUUUUACGUUACGCCAGGGAGCUGCGGGAACAGAAGAUACGUCUGAAAGAAAUAGACCAGCAAUUGGAAGACAUAGUGAGAAGCAGCGCUACGCCAAGUUGUGUAUCUCGCUACAGCGCUCUGUUAAGUGAAUCAUCUGUAAAUAUGUCACAGUGUCAGCAUACUGCUUUGGAAAUCUCGUUCUCUAAAAAGCCAGAGUCCUCAAACACAGAAAGUGGUUCAGAGUCUAAAGUGUCAUUUUUUUAAAUUAAAUAAUAUAUUUCA